AUGGCGCAUAUAUGGAAGAGGGUCACAAGCCGUCGUUCAAAGGAGUACGACCGACUUCCAGCGAGCGAAAAAGAGCACUUUGCUGUGACUACCGUGUCUAACACCUCAUCGUCCUGCGACACUGUCGAUCAUGGCUAUACGUGUAGCCCGGAGACGUCGCGCUUCUGGGGCCAGUACUCGCCCUGGUUCGCGGUGCCAUCCGAAAUCGACGUCGCUCCUCCCGAGGGUUGCGCCGUGACAUUUGCCAACGUUCUGUCACGCCAUGGCGGUCGCGAUCCCACCGCGAGCAAGACAGCCACAUACGCUUUGCUCAUUGCUACCAUCAAGAACACCAGCACCGCCUACCCCAACGAGUACGCCUUUCUCAAAGACUACAAGUACACGCUAGGUGCGGAUGACCUGACGGAAGCUGGACGACAAGAGAUGCAGAACUCGGGUGUCCAUUUCUUCAGACGGUAUUCCACGCUCGUUACACAACAUACACCAUUUGUGCGUGCGAGUGGACAGGCUCGAGUGGUCGAGUCGGCAGAGAAUUGGCUCAAAGGCAUAGCGCAGUCAUUGGGCGAAGAUUCCAAAGACGUCGAUGUCACUAUUGGUGAGGGUUCCACAUACAACAACACGUUGUCGCACGAUAUAUGCACAGCUUUUGAAAGCGGACCCGUUCAUACCAUAAACGACAAAGCGAAACAGACAUGGGUCGCGCAGUUUGUCCCGUCUAUUCAACGGCGAGUAAACUCUCAGCUGGGAACUAAUCUCACCACAUCCUCCAUCAUUUCGCUCAUGGACAUGUGCCCGUACGAGACCAUCGCAGACGCUUCCGCCAAGGUGUCUGACUUUUGUCAUCUCUUCACGAACAUGGAGUGGCAUCAAUAUGAUUAUUACCAGACUCUCGACAAAUGGUAUGGGUACGGAAAUGGCAACCCACUUGGACCAACUCAGGGUGUUGGGUAUGUCAACGAACUGCUGGCCCGCUUAACGAACAAGCCGGUUGAAGAUAGCACAACCACGAACCGUACUCUAGACUCCAAUCCUGCGACAUUCCCGCUCAACCGUACCGUGUAUGCCGACUUCAGUCACGACAACGACAUCACUGGCGUGCUGGCGGCUCUUGGGUUAUACAAUACCACCGAGAACCUUUCCAACUCGACGAUGCAAGGCACCAACGAGACGCAUGGGUACUCUGCGGCAUGGACGGUCCCCUUCGCCUCUAGAAUGUAUGUUGAGAAGUUGCAGUGCACAGAUAUGACGGAAGAGUCUGUUCGCAUCAUUGUCAACGAUCGCGUUAUGCCGCUAGAGUUUUGUGAUGGGGAUGAGUACGGCCGAUGCGGUUUGAGUAAGUUUGUAGAAAGCCAGAGCUUUGCGAGAAGUGGCGGAUUUUGGUCUGAAUGCUGGGAGUAA